AUGACCAAAGAACUAGUAACACAGGAUCGGCACUACGAGGUACUUGUACAGAUUGUUUUCUCUUGUCAGUCCUCCAUUCCAUAUGCACUGGAUCUGGUUGUCAGACUGUUGGAAACACAAGUGGUGAAUCACCAACAGCAAGGCGAAGACGAUUAUUUCUACCAGUGCCAGACAGAAAAGGAAUUCACUGAAACUCAAUCUGAAGGGGCUAAAGAGGAUGAUCCAGCACUUUCACUCACUUCAAGCCCUUGCGGGUCAAGAAGUGACUACUCAGAUGCAGGCAAAAGGCAAGAAAAAAGAUCAGGGCUCCGGAGAGUUCUGCAUGUAAUGGGAGAACAGGAUCGUGAGUUGCGGCAGCUGCGUGAAAAGUGUCAGAAUCUUGAAGGACAACUAAAUAAUGCCGAUGUCGCUCAUGCAGGCACUUUGGAGGCAGAAACUAAGGAGGCAAAGUCACAGCUUAUGUUCGAUUCUAUUAGGUCUCUCAAGGAGGAAGCAUACAGUGAGUCGGAAGUCAUGAAGCAGCAGCUUUUUGAGGAGUUGGCUGAGAAUGCUCUGUUAAAGGAGCACAUAGAGCAGCUAGAACAAGAAAAUAAGCUGCUAAAUGAAACCAUUCAGUCACUGACAGUAAAGCAUAAAGUUCUGGAAGAAAAGCUUACUUCCCAAGAAGUUAAGGAACACAAUUUACAAACGCUUCAGGAUGAACUGGCGUGCACAAAACUGACAAACAAAGAUUUAAUUCAAAGCCUGACACAGCUAAAGGAGCUGGAAGUUCUUAGCCAUGCUAAACUUGACCUGGAAGCAGCCAUCAAAAGUUUCAUGGUGGAUCUCCAUGCUGUGCAGCAAAGAGAGGAAGGAGUACAGAGUCAGGUGCUUCAUUUUCAGACACAGGUGCAGCAACUCCAGGUCACAGAGCAGGCUCUCAAGAUGCAGCUAGAGCAGCAAGGGACCUUGGCUGACCAAGAGCAAAACAAGCUGAAGGAUAAGUUGAAGAGGCUAAAAGGUCAAGAGGAUGAGUUUCAGUCUGCUUUAAGCAAUAGUGACGAGUUGGCCCAGAAGUACAAGAAGCAGUUCCUGCAACAGACCGAAAAAUUCUCUGAACUUGAGAACGAAAUGAAAGAUAUGGAGGCUGAGAAGACCGUGCUUCAGAGUCAAAUUGAAGAUAUUUUAACAGAAAACUGUCGCAUAGUGGUGAAUAUGGAAGGGCAGCUGGAAAGAAUGCGGGAAGCAGCCUUGGAGGAGUGCAGUGGGUUUGAAAUGUCUGAAAAGAUUCAGCAGCUGGAGGAGACUGAAACACCUUUAAAGGAACAAGAAGACUGGAAAAGCAAAUAUGAUGAAUGUGUUGAAGCGUUUAUGGAGCAGUUCGAUGCAUUUGCAGCAGAACGCGAACUUUUGCUUGGUCAAAGGCGGCAGGAUGAGGCAGAAGUUACAAAACGUAUGGAGAAGUGUGCCAAGCUGCUUGGUCAUCAAAACCACCACCAAAAAAUCCAGUACAUGAACGAGAUGAAGUAUGAAUUCAUGAAGUGCCGCAAGGAAAACGAAGAAUUAAAGUGGAAAGUUGCCAAACAGAACAAGACAAUACAGAAAAUUGAAAGACUACUGCAGAUCCUUGAGGAUACAAAGCUAGUUGACGCUCUGCACCUUCGAAAAGACCAGCAGCCACUUAGAUCUCCACUUAGGCAGGUUUCGUUUUUGCUGCUGGAUAGAAUUCAGUUUGAGGAUCUGUUGUCCAACAGCUAG